AAUGAGCAGGCAAAACCUUAUUAACCAUGUCUGAAUGACGCAAAGCCCUAGAGCACAAAGUCAUUUCUAUAUUUUGAUAGUGCUUCUUUAAAAAGUGGCUUGAUAUUCAUUAUGAUAAUUCUCUUGCCAUUACGAAUUAAUUUCUAACUGGAAGAUGUUAUAAAAUUAAAGAAAAUAUUCAGCAGAAAAUGCACUCAAAGAGUUAAAGUGAUUUUUCCACACUAGAUAACUAUGACGUUAUCAAGAUAUUUGAGUAUUUCAAAUAGUCUCUCUUUAAAAUUAUCUGAACAUCGUAAAUUUUCGUUGCACCAUUGGAGGAUUUUUUCUCGACAGUAUGCUAUUUCGAACUCUAGAAAAUCUGAAUUGCUAUGUGGUCUGAAGCCAUUGUUUUGCAGGACAUUCAGCUCAUGUUUAAGAAUAGUGUCCAGUAAUGGAUUUCAUUCAAGGUUACACCUACAAAAUGAUCUGAUGAAUCAUGGUGUUUUUGGAAGAACAUUCAGAACAUCUGCUGCUUGUUCUAAUUCUGAGGAUCCGAAGAAGAAAGGAGAUGAAGAAGAAGAAGAAUCUAAAACGUCGAUGCUUGCAAAAGGUGUGCUUUGGAUGAUGACUGCCUACAUAUUUAUUACUGUCAUGUCUUUAAUAUUUCCAAGCAGUAACCAGCCAGAAGUAUUGAGAUAUGUUUCUUGGCAUGAGUUUGUUCACCACAUAUUAGCAAGGGGUGAAGUAGAAGAAGUGGUGGUGAAUCCAGAAAUGGAUUUAGUUACAAUCUAUGUUCAUGAUGGAGCUAUUAUUAAGGGCAGGAAGGCAGAACACAAAACUUACCACAUGAAAAUUGCAGACAUUGAAAAAUUUGAAGAAAAGCUGAGGGAUGUGGAGAAGCAACUGAAUCUUCAUGGCGGACAUUCUGUUCCAGUUGUUUAUGAAAGAAGUAAGGAGAGUGCUUGGAUACUUCUGCUCUCACUGAUUGCUGUUUCACUCAUGAUUAUGCUACUCUUCAAGAAUGUUCAGAUAAAAACUCCUCAGACCAUGGAUUUUUUUUCUCAGCUUGGAAGAGCAAAAUUUACAAUUGUUGAUUCAUUGACUGGAUCAGGCAAAGGAGUCCACUUCAAAGAUGUGGCGGGUUUAAAAGAAGCAAAGAUUGAAAUAAUGGAAUUUGUAGAUUACUUAAAACACCCUGAGAAGUACAAGAGUUUGGGUGCAAAAAUACCAAAAGGAGUUCUUUUAUUGGGCCCUCCUGGAUGUGGAAAAACUAUGCUCGCGAAAGCAGUCGCUACUGAAGCUAAAGUACCAUUUUUAGCUAUGGCUGGUUCUGAAUUCAUUGAAAUGAUUGGAGGUUUGGGAGCUGCAAGAGUAAGAGAUUUAUUUAAAGAAGGACGUAAAAGAGCACCUUGCAUUAUUUAUAUUGAUGAAAUAGAUGCUAUUGGACGAAAAAGAAGUGGAAGGUAUGUAAUCUUAGGGUGGUUUUUAUUAACAAGAGAGAAGAUUUCUUUGAAUUUUUCACACCUCCGAGAAAUGUGCCAUUUGGUAUUAGACAUAUAUGAAUGGGUCGAUGUUCUUGACAAAGCUUUAUUGCGACCUGGCCGUUUUGAUAGGCACAUUCUAAUUGAUUUGCCAACUCUGAUAGAAAGGCAGGAAAUAUUUCAGCAACACCUGAAAUCUAUUACUUUGGAAUCAACUCCUGACUCUUACUCUGAGAGAUUAGCUAAACUAACUCCCCGAUUUAGUGGUGCUGACAUUGCCAAUGUAUGCAAUGAAGCAGCUCUGUAUGCUGCACGCAACAAAAAGAAAAAAGUUUCUUCUACUGAUUUAGAAUAUGCUGUUGAAAGAGUUGUCGGCGGUACGGAGAAAAGAAGUAAAGUGAUUUCUCCUCAAGAGAAGAAAAUCAUUGCUUUUCAUGAAUGUGGGCACGCAUUAGUUGGAUGGCUUAUGAAAUAUACAGAUGCACUGAUGAAAGUAUCCAUUGUUCCGAGAACUACAAACGUUCUAGGUUUUGCUCAAUACCUUCCUUCAGAUCAAAAGCUGUAUUCAUCGGAAGAAUUAUUUGAGAGAAUGUGUAUGGCAUUGGGAGGUAGAGCAGCUGAAGCAUUAAUCUUCAAUCAAAUUAGUACUGGGGCCAAAGAUGACCUUCAGAAAGUGACAAAGAUGGCAUACUCUCAAAUAAGGCAGUAUGGUAUGGAUGAAAUAAUUGGUCCCCUCUCAUUUCCUUCCGAGGAAGAAACUGGUGAAAGCAAUUUUGUUGGUAAAAAACCUUACAGUAAAAGAUUGGCUCGUACCAUCGACGAACAAGCUAGAAGUUUAGUUGCUAGAGCAUACAGGAAGACUGAGAGCGUCCUGCUUGAAAAUCGGGAAAAAUUAAACUUGCUAGCUGAAGAGCUGCUAAAAAAGGAAGUAUUGAACUAUGCAGACAUAGAAAAACUAAUCGGUCCCCCUGCAUACGGCAAAAAAACACUGAUUGAAGCCAUUGAUUUCGGCCCCCCUGAAGAGCCGAAAAAGCAGCCUUAACUGACAAAACAUGAAAAUGUCCAUAGAAACUGUUUUGUUUGUAAAUAAAGUUAUUUGUUAAUAGAAA